CAAAAACACAUCACUAAACACACCAAACUCAACCAUUAUUGAUUAUAUAAAUAUAUAUAUAUAUAUACAUAUAUAUUUAUGGCAACUGAAAUCUCGACUACUUAUCCGACGGUUGCCGAUGAGUCCUCAGAGCUAAUCCAAAACAAGGCGACCGUCGAAACACUCUACAAGGCCUUGUCUCAAGGCGAGGCCGAGACAGUGGAGAAGCUCAUAGCCACUGACCUCGAGUACUGGUUCCAUGGCCCGCCACGGUGCCACCACAUGAUGCGGGUGCUGACAGGUGAGUCUCAGAGCCAAUCUGCGUCUUUUCGAUUCGAGCCGAGGAGCGUGACAGCCGUAGGUAGCGCGUGUGUCAUCGCCGAGGGAUGGGAAGGAGCAAAGGCCUAUUGGGUCCACGUUUGGACGGUGAAAGACGGUGCUAUUACUCAGUUCAGAGAGUAUUUUAACACGUGGCUCACCGUCAGUGAUCUCCGGUCAUCACCCGCGGCUGGAUGGGAUGUCGCCGGUGGCGGUGGACACCAUCACCGGAGCUUGUCGACCGUUUGGCAGAGCAUGCCUAGGGACCUCUUUCGCCGUUCUCUGCCUGGUCUUCUUCUUGCGAUUUAGACUAGUCUAAUUAAUUAAGUUAAUUGUUGAUUUGAGCUAAUAAUUAGUCUAAUCAUAUGGGAGGAGAAGAACAAAAAUGUGGGGUUAUGGAUGAUUGGGACCAUGCAAUGCAUGAAAACUAGUCCCUUAGCUGUAUAUUGUGAAAACAAGAGGGGGAAAAAAAGUAAAAUUCAAAAGCAAUUAGAAUCAAGUGUAAUAAUAAAUUAAUAAUAUGAUAUAUAUAUAUAUGAAUUAUGAAAUGUAUUUUUGGUUUCAUUUGAAAA